AACUCAUAAGCAGCAAAAACACACAGUCCGACGCGGAGGGCUACCGUGAAAUCAAGGAGAAAAUGAAGAAUAUUCCGAUCAUUCUUAUGGGUUGCGGAGGCGUUGGGAGACAACUCCUCCACCACAUCGUCUCCUGUCGAACCCUACACGCAAACAAGGGAAUUCACUUGCGAGUUGCGGGUAUAUUCGAUAGUAAAUCAUUUCUUGUUGUACCAGAUGUGUCGUCUAUGGAGUUCAAUGAUACCUUUUUGAUGAACAUUUGCCAGAUCAAAUCAAACGGCUUGUCCCUUCAAACAUGUGUUGAAUCUGGUAAAUCUGAAGCUUUUUCAUCUCCCGAAUCCACAAAAAAACUCACAGACAUGGCUGCUCGUUUAGCUUUUACCCUUGUUGAUUGCUCUGCAAGUUCAGAAACCAUUGGAGCUAUUACACAAGCAGUAAAUUUAGGAUGCUGUGUUGUGUUAGCCAAUAAGAAGCCUCUUACUUCUUCAAUGGAAGAAUUUGAUAACUUAUUCUUACAACCACGUCGCAUUAGACAUGAAUCAACAGUUGGUGCUGGACUCCCUAUUAUAGCAUCAUUAAAUCGAAUAGUUUCAUCUGGAGACACUAUUUAUCGCAUAAUUGGAAGCUUGAGUGGUACAUUGGGGUAUGUAAUGAGUGAGGUAGAAGAUGGAAAGCCAUUUAGUGAAGUUGUUAAAGCUGCUCAAGCCCUUGGCUAUACUGAACCAGAUCCUCGUGAUGAUCUCAGUGGCAUGGAUGUUGCAAGAAAGGGUUUGAUCCUUGCACGACUUCUUGGGCACCGUAUGGAUAUGAAUAGCAUCAAGAUUGAAAGUUUAUACCCUGAUAAAAUGAGGCCAAACACAAUGUCUCUCAAAGACUUUUUAGCAAAUGGCCUACAGUUAUUGGAUAACGAUAUUGAAGAGAGAAUCAAAAAAGCUUCUUCAAACGGGAAUGUUUUGCGCUACGUUUGUGUCAUUGAGAACUCAAGGUGCAAUGUUGGAAUUCAAGAGCUACCAAAAGAAUCGGCUUUGGGAAGAUUGAGAGGAAGUGACAAUGUGGUGGAGAUUUACAGUCGAUGCUACAAGGAACAGCCAUUGGUGAUUCAAGGUGCUGGAGCAGGCAAUGAUACAACAGCUGCUGGUGUUCUUGCUGACAUUCUUGAUCUUCAGGAUCUAUUUACAUAAACAACACACACACACAUCAAUAGUUUGUGAAAUUACCCUUGUGCCCUUGAUCGGUUUUAAUGCUUCGAUUUGAAGAUAA